CUUUCAAGGAGAAGCUGGACCUUCACUCGAAAGCAAUGUGUCAGGAUUAAUACAGGUUCACCAACCUACUAUCCUUAUUACUGAAGACUGAAGACUGAUGUACACACGUAACUCAUUUGAACUUGUGCGUUACUUAACAUCGUCCAAAGGUGGUCUGUCAGUUGUAGUCUCUCCACUUUUGCCAGUUUCAUUAAUAAUUCAGAGCCCGUCUAUAUCAAGCUUAUUUAGUAGACGAAAGUCAUCGAGUUCUUCGAUGGUGUUAAUGUCCAGACUUUGGAUUCGUAUGAACUGAAGAGAAUUUACGAGAAUACUAACAGCAUUGACAAGCCCAGAACAAACUACUUGUCAGGUGACCAUUGACUUUCCUAUCGAAUCACCAACUAAUGAAACUCGUCAACUAAACACGUAGUUGAAGCUUCAUCUGUUGACGCAUAUAAAAGAGAGUUGGAUCAACUGAGAGACCAUUAUCGCCAGGACUAAAACAGCCCACCCAGUCUUGUGUUUUUCCCAAGCUGAAACAGACUUUCAUUACUAAAUAAUACAGAUUUUGUUGUUGCAAUCGGUAUAUCGAUGACAACCAAUCAGUCUUCAUCUCAACCCAUUGGACAGUCAAACAAAAGCCCAAGAGAGCACUCUCAUGGUGGUCUUCCGACAUCUAGUUCAGCACCUCGUAGUCGUUUACCUGGUCAUAAUCACUCGUCCCGUGAAUCAAUAGAUUCUAUCAAUCCCGAUCAAAUGCUUUAUUAUGGGGCGAAGCAGAUAAUCAGUUUAUUUAUACCAGUGACAGUUUGUAUGUUGUUUGUUGUUGCUGUCGCUUCGACAGUUGACUUUUAUGGACAUACGGAUCAGUAUUUGUUGUAUACACCUUUUCAUACUCCAGAUGCAGAUAUUGGGACACAAACAUGGCAAACAAUAGCUAAUACUUUGAUAUUUAUGAGUGUGGUUGUCGUAAUGACAUGUGUCCUUGUUUUACUGUUCAAGUAUCAGUGUUAUAAGUUUAUUCGGGGUUGGAUAAUUAUGACGACCAUCUUCUUACUUUUCCUGAUAUCCUUCAUGUUUUUUGCUGAAGUUCUUCGAGCUAUGGGUGUAUUUGUUGAUUAUAUUACAGUAGCGUUUGCUUUAUGGAAUUUCGGUGUUGUGGGAAUGAUAGUUAUUCAUUGGCGUGGACCAUUAGUUCUACAACAAGCGUAUUUAAUAUUUAUAUCUGCACAGAUUUCAUUAAUGUUUCUAAAAUAUUUACCCAAAUGGACGUGUUGGCUUGUUUUAGCAGCGUUAAGUGUUUGGGAUAUAGUAGCUGUUUUGUGUCCAAAUGGACCAUUGCGAUUGCUUGUAGAAAUGGCUCAUGAACGACAACAACCUCUUUUCCCUGCCCUUCUAUAUUCAACUACUACAGUUUAUCUUGUCAAAAAACAUGAACCAGUUGAGAGAGUUGAAAAUGAUCAACAAUUUGUUGGAUCCACUAUUACAUGUUCUAUUGAUGCUCCGAAUGAAGCGUCAAAUGUUAAUUGUACUACACAAUCUUGUCUUACUACAUCUGAGUUGGUAGUUUCAGAUAACGAUAACCAGCCAGUGACAGAGAAUCCAAGAAACAUGUCAAAUAUUCCUAUUAAUACGUCCGGAACUGACGUAAUUGUAGUUGAUACUCCUGAUGACAAUACGAGUAAUAAUGAUGCCAAGAGUAAUAAUGGAACUAUAUCACAGGCACCUCAUGAAACAGAUACACUUGUAGCAGGUCGGCUUAAUCGUUGGCAAGAUCUGCAAGCAGAUCUAAUUGAUCGUGACUCAAAGGGUGUAAAACUUGGUUUAGGCGAUUUUGUAUUUUAUAGUCUAUUGAUUGGUCGUGCAACACUUGAUGGCGAUGCAGUCACUGUAGUCACAUGUUAUGUGGCUAUAUUAGUUGGAAUGUGUAUUACUGUUAUAGUAUUGGGAAUUACACGACAAGCAUUACCAGCUUUACCAAUAUCCAUAACAUGUGGUAUAUUAUUUUAUUUUGUCAGUUCAGCGACAAUAUCACCGUUUCUUGAGGCAACAGCAGCUGAACGUGUGUUCUUCUGAAACGAUCUAUUAUUAUAAUUAUUAUCGUUAUUAUUAUUAUUAUUGUCACCACAGCUGUUAUUAUGAUUUUUUUCUUGUUUUUAUACAAUCUUCAAUGUUACCGUUGACUUGGAAUACUCAUUCAUGAUUUAUCAUCUGUUAUUUCUAUGUUUAAUAUUCAACUUUUAAUUGUGAAUUUUAGGUCCAAAAUUAUAAUGAUAAGUUCUCAAAGGAUUUUUAUUCAAUAAUACAAGUAUUUUAAGAUAAAAACAUGUCUUGG